ACAGGGUGCGACGGAUCUGGUCACGGCCAGGAUGUUGUUUAGCGGGCUGCCGGUUAAACCUCCGCCGUCACAACAGCCAGGGCCCCGACACACCAUCGACGCGAUCCUCGGGCUGAGCAACCGGCCGUCGGAGCCAGGCGCAAUCGAAUCCAGCGGUGAGAACAGCAAUUCGAACGACGGUCUCCAGGACGUACGGUGUCAACAUCACGACAAGAGUUGCAGUGAGGACGAAGCUGCGAGCCCUGGGGUACCUACCAGUAUGACCACCACCACAGGUGAGGGUGGCGGGGGCAGCGGGAGUAGCGACGCGAGUAAGAAGAAACAUCGACGGAAUCGUACCACCUUCACAACGUACCAGCUGCACGAGUUGGAGAGGGCUUUCGAGAAAUCGCAUUAUCCGGAUGUGUACAGUCGAGAGGAACUCGCCAUGAAGGUGAACCUGCCCGAGGUGCGCGUACAGGUCUGGUUCCAGAACCGGCGUGCGAAAUGGCGACGUCAGGAGAAGAUGGAGGCUGCACGGCUAGGGCUUAACGACUAUCAUUCCGUGGGAUCCCUCGGGCGCGCCGCGGGAACGAGCCUCGCACUUCCCGUGGACCCGUGGCUGGCACCGCCACUGAUCAGCGCACUGCCCGGCUUCCUCUCUCAUCCGCAGACCGGCUACCCUAGCUACCUCACACCGCCCAUCGUGCCCACGAGCGACGCAACGUCUAGCGUCCAGUCCACCGCCGCCCCGAAGCUUCCGCCCGUCACUUCACCCCCCUCUCAUGACCCACGCAGCCACUCCAUCGCCGCCCUUAGGCUCAAAGCCAAGGAGCACGUAGAGUCUAUAACCAAGGGACUACAGAUGGUGUAACUGAUGUGCAUAAUUUCAACGGAAACCUGUGGUUCCAGUACUCUCUAUAGAAAUCACUGAAAAUUGUCGUCAGUUCGUACCGAAUUCCUCAUAAAGAUUAUUAUUACCAGUGGGAAGAGAACCAAGCAAUGUCUCAAGGAUCUAGUUUAACGACAUU